AUGGGUCUGCAACUGCAGACAAUCCUGAACGCCGAGGACUCGCCGUCGCGCAAUGGAGUGCCCGACACACCUUCGUCGGCACGGUAUCCUUCUGGCGUGUCCUCGGUACAUCAGCCGCCAAAUGCUCUCCCCUCGCUUAAUCAGGGCUUCGACAACCGUCUUAGUUUGGAGGCAGGCUCACAGCAGUCUGUAUAUGAUUCGCGUCGCAGCAGCGUGGAUAGUCGCAUGAACGCCGGCAUGACCCAUCUUGCCAUCAGCCCCGGAUCUCCCUACGACAGCCAAAACGCUUCGCGCGUAUCCCUUGUAUCAAAUCUACAGCAACAGCGAGGCAUCAACCCGGUCGACCAACGUAACUCCAAUGGCGCCUCACCACUAUCGCCCCUUGGCCCUAGAGCUGGAGUGCGCACAAACCACCCCCCACGGAGGGCACCUGUGAUCAACCCCAACCCGCGAAGUGUGUCGGGUAUGCCCGAUCCCAUGGCUGCUGCACCGACGAAGGGUUACGCUUGGGCUUUCCCUGCCGAGCCCGAAUUCGACAGAAGGGGAUCCAGCAGUGGCGACUCCAGCGUUGGACAGUCUGGUCCGUCACGUCAAAACAGUUUUGCUGCCUCCAUCAAUAGUAGUAUCUUCACCACCGACUCCGGCCUCCCGACUGGGCAGAAGAGACUGGACGAUGACAUCCCUACUACCCACCACCACUCGAUGCAACACCGCAACGUCACAAGCCUGCAGACUGCUGCUGAACAAGCUGCAGCCGCUGCAGGCGGUGGCAACUAUAGUCGCACCCCUGAGCUCCGCGUGAGCCACAAAAUGGCUGAAAGAAAGCGAAGGAGUGAGAUGAAGAAUCUUUUUGACGAACUCAAUGCUAUUUUGCCCAACUCGCCUGGCAGCAAAUCCAGCAAAUGGGAAAUAUUGACCAAAUCUAUUGAGUAUAUCAAGAACCUGGGACGCGCUCAUGAGACUGCCCGAGCUGAGAACGCUCGGCUACGACCUGACGCUGAAUUCUGUCGCCGAGCCCAAGAAGAGAACGAGCUUUUGCGCAAUGAGAUAGCUGCUGUUUGGCAGCAUCUCCAACGGGCGGACCCGGGUAAACCCCACGUAUACGGAAGUAUGACAGGCAUGCUUGCCCAGCAGUAUGGCAAUACACCGACAUCGACCACGAACACCUUACCGCCGCUUCAACAGCAACAGAAUCCUCCACAAGCACCACAAUGGGGAGCUCCUGCUCCUACCGCGAUGCAAGGAGUUGAAUUCGCCGGUCCUCGAACUUAUGAGCACCCUCACCGCUAG